AUGCUCCCUCCCUCCUUCCCGCCCUCCCGACGCCGUCACCGUGGCAACGGGGCCGUACCACUCUGCGCGGGUGCGGGGAUGGCACUCCCCACUGCACCCAUGCCGGCAGAGAACGGCGGGGCACCGGCGGCAGCGGAAGCUCCACAGAGCGCGACCGGGGCAGAAGCAGGGCCAAGGCGGGGGGUGCAGAAGGGGACGCGGCGCCCCUGGGCAGCGGUCCGAAGAGGGAGGGGAAGAGGCGAGAUGGUCGCGCCCGACUUCCUCACGAACUGUGAAGAGGGGAAACUGAGUAACAGAAUAGAAAAAGGGAAAAGUCAGAUUUACUGUGAAUGUGUUGCCAGUGUGUUGGCUCUUAGUCUUUACAGGAAGCACCGGGCAGGAUCCUCAGAAAUGGAAGAGCAUUUCAGUAGGACUAUGGAGGAGCUGGUUCACGAUCUAGUCUCAGCACUGGAAGAAAGUUCAGAGCAAGCCAGAGGAGGUUUUGCUGAUACUGGAGAUCAUUCUCGAAGUGUGUCUUGUCUUCUAAAGCGACAGGCAAGGAAAAGGAGGGGACGAAAAAGACGUUCAUUUACCACCCAUCAUCCGUGGGAGACUGGUCACUGCUUAAGUGAAGGUUCUGAUUCCAGUUUAGAAGAAUCAAACAAAGACUACAGGGAGAACCAUGCUAGUAAGAAAGACCACAGUGACUCUGAUGACCAGUUGUUGGUUGCUAAACGUAGGCCUUCCUCAAACUUAAAUAACAUUAGAGGCAAAAGACCUCUGUGGCAUGAACCAGAUUUGGCUGUUGACAGUUUGGGAAACAGAACUUUGCGCAGGAGAAGAAAGGUAAAACGGAUGGCAAUAGAUCUGCCAUCAGAAGUCUCUAAUGCACUGACAAUAACUCAACAGCAGGAUAACAGCAGAGAUCAAGAAAUGGACAAUGACAAUAAAUCAUACCAACACCAAGAGUUUUCUAAGAGCAAAGUGAAAAAAAGAAAAGUGGCUGCAGCUCGACAAGGACCUGAAAUCUUGGAUGAAGGAGUAGUUAUAGAAAAUGAAGAAGUGAACCAAGCAAAUAAGGACAAAAUGGAAUAUGAGGAGCAAAAAGGCUCAGAUGAGAACAUGAGUGACAGUGAAUCCAGCAGUCUGAGCAGCAGUGAUGCUGGUUUGUUUACCAAUGAUGAGGGAAGACAAGGUGAUGAUGAGCAGAGUGAUUGGUUUCAUGAAAAUGAAUCUGGUGGAGCAUGUGGAAUUACGGGGGUCAUUCCAUGGUGGGAACAAGAAGACUCUACAGAACUGGAGAGAGAAUUGCCUGAUCCAGUCUUUGAAAGUAUCUUAACCGGUACUUUCCCUCUUAUGUCCCGUUCAGGGAGGAGAGGUUUCCAGGGUAGAUUUAGUCAUCUUCAUGGAAUGCCAGCAAGAAACAUAAAAAAGGCUUCAGGAAACCAGAAUGCAUUGAUGACUCCAGGACCAGGCGGUAGCAGGAAAACGGUUCACUUGUCUCAGGAUUCUCUUCACCAUGACCACUGGUUUAGCCCUGGGGCUAGGAAGGAACACAGCCAGCUUCAACUCUUGCGAGACAACCGAUCGGAGAGAGGACACAAGAAGAACAGCUCUGUAAAAACAGCUAGCAGGCAAACCAGUGUACAUUUAGGAUCAUUGUGCAUGGGAGACAUCAAACGGAGAAGGAAAGCUGCUCCCCUGCCAGGACCCACAGGGUUUGUAGGUGAAACCACCCAACCAAUCCCAGAAAACAACAUUGGAAACAGAAUGCUUCAGAGUAUGGGCUGGACCCCUGGCACGGGCCUUGGACCAGACGGCAAAGGGAUAGCAGAGCCAAUACGAGCAAUCCAGAGACCAAAAGGACUCGGACUUGGAUUUAGCUGACAGAAAUGCACUCUGGCUGCCCGAUAAAAAGAAAGCUCAAAAUUAAUUUUAAAAGAAAAAAAAAAAAAAAAAAGAAAAAAAGGCAAACUUAUAUUAUUUGUUGUGAUCAGCAAAUCCAGUUAUUCUUCUCUCAAAGAUCACUGAAGUCAAUGUGCUUCACAUUAGCUACACCAGCUGCAAGGUACAGCCACAGUGACAAAACCGGCAUUCAAGUCUAACUUUAUAAUGGUGCUAAAAUGUACAAAAAAUCUUCUACUUUUUUAUUGUCUGUGGUCUUAAAGUUUGUAUUAACCAUAAAAUUCAGUAUAUUCACUUUUUUCAUAAAAGCUUCUGACACAGCAGGUUUUAGUAUAUAAGCAAAUUUUUUUUUUUAAGUAUAAUUUCAUCUCGAGAGUCUUGAUAAGAUUUGUCGAGGAAAAUGGAACUUUUUACAGCUAUUGUGUUUUCCCCCUUUUCAGGCAAAGUUUCCAAACCUGGUGUUUCUAGCGUUUAACAAUAUUUGAGGAUAAGCUGUCAUUUUGCCCAUAAGAUAUACACGUUUCCCACUGGAAGGUGAUAUGAUAUGCAAUUUUGUAUAAGAGCAUGAAAAAUGACUUUGUUGUCAUAGGAAUGCCAUUCCAACACCAUUAUCUGGCAAUGUAUCAGUGUCUUCCACGUUCAAGCUCAGAAGUAAAGCUUUUAUACUUGUUUUUACAUUUACAGGAUUAUCUUUUAUCGGCAAACAUUUUAAAAAGUUAGUUUAUUCUGACUUUGGAUUUCCCUUUAUAUUAAUAAUCCUCAGUGUUUCCACAUUUAAGAAUAGUUUGAGCUUUGAACCAGGAAAUUGUAUUUUAAAGAUGACUGUCUUUCAGUGUUUAUAUUCUGGGUUUUGGCAUAUUUUAAACAAUGCAGUGUUCAGCAUCGUGUUAUCAUUUGGUUUGUGAUUGUGCUGGUGCCAAUGAGCCACAACCUUUAAGGAUCAUGAACAGAAAAAGGGCAAGGAGAAGCAGGAUUAGGGUGGAGGAAAGGAAGGAAAAAGAUACUUUGAUGGCAUCUUGCAAAUCUAAGCUAGCAAUUUAAAAUCAAGAGGGAUCAUUAAGUGUUUUAAUCAGUGUCCUAAUGUAUCUAAUGUCAGCAGAAGCAAUUUCAUUAAGCACCAACCAAUCAAGCUCCUAGGGCACUUACUGGUCUGCAGUAUAAAACAAGUUCCACUUUAAAAUUAAAUGAUAGAGCUGAAGGAAACUGUUGUUCAGAUGGACUAAGGAGAAAAUCCUGUGUGUGUCCCCCGCCCACCCCUGUAGUAACUGGCAAUAUUUACCCUGACUGCAGAGGGAACAGGAUUUGAUUCUCCAGUCUUUUUUUCUUCAAGAGGAGGAGCCCUCCCUUCCUCUGCGCCCAAACCGCAGAGAAAAAUACUUACUUACAGAUGCUUGCAAAGAUAUUU